ACCAACUUCAUAUAUGUAGUUAAAAAAAUAUUCCCGCGUUUUUAACCGGCAAUUUAUAAGAAGAAACGGUGAAUAAAUUUAGGUGAAAUGUUGCCGUCUAAAGAAGAAUUAAGAAGAGCUUUGGAUUUUAUAGGGCAAACCCCGGAUGAGAGAGUAAUUAAUAAAUGUUUGGAAUUAUGUACAAAAUACAGUAUCCUUGUAGAGGAUUUCGUUGACCAAUGGUCAGCGUUUACUAUAACUAAUUUAAAGAAUGGCCCUAUAACUUUGGAUGGAAUUUUGUUGAUGGAACGGAAAGAACUUGCAAAAUUAAAUGAUCUGAAUAGUUCAAUAGCAAAAUCAGAUAUAGUUCCUGGAACACCUCAACAACCCAAGAAAAAGAAGGAAAUUGAAAAUGUUGAAGUUAAUGGAGGUGAUAAAAUCGUUUUUGAACCUAAAAGUAAUAACAAAGUUGAAAAUGAAUUUGAAGAGAAAAUAUUAAUACAAUCUUACUUUGAGCGAUCUGAUUCUGGACAAAUACUUCUAACCCAUGGUCCAGAUUUAACAGAAAGAUUUACACAAACAAAUCAAAAAACGACUGUAAAGAUUCUUUCGGAUUCGAUGUGGUAUAAUCCGGAAAAGUUUCGAUUUCUACACGCAACACAAGUAAAAAUUGCGGACGUUUUUAAUGACACUAUCGAUUCUUUAACAAAUUCGAUUCUAACCAAAUCAAAUUUAAAUAAAAAUGAUGAAAAUACAAUUUGUUGUGGAAGAAUUACUUCGGAGGAUAUAAAUAAAUUAAAUUUAAAUACCGUAAAAUUAGAAUCUUCUUUUAAUAAUAAAGGAGCCAAAACUAGUUUGAUUAAUAUUAGUCAAACGAAAUCUUUUAGUUUAUUUCCUGGUCAAAUUGUUGCUGUUGAUGGUUUGCCUGGUAAAGGUAAUAAAUUUAUAGCAAAGACGUUUUACACGAAAACCAAUUUGGAAUUUUCAAGAAACGAAAGAGAUCUCGGUGAAGAUUAUUUACAAAUCGUCGUAGCUGUUGGACCAUAUACAACGGCUGAUAACUUUUUAUACGAGCCAUUACAAGAUCUUUUAAAAUACGUCGUCGAAAUAAAACCGAACAUUUUAAUUUUACUCGGUCCAUUUCUUGAUUUUUCUCACUCUCAAAUGAUUAAUAUGACCGAAACUUUUCAAUCUUACUUUGAUAAUUUAAUCCAAACCAUAAUGGAAUGUUUUAAUUUUGAAAUUAAAGUUGUUUUGGUUCCUUCCGAUAAAGAUGCCAAUCAUUUUCCGAUUUUUCCUACACCGUCUUAUGAUAUUAAAGAAAAAUAUCCGAACUUAAUUUGUGCCCCAAAUCCAUGUUUGUUGGAUAUUAACGGGAUUGUUAUUGGGACGAGUUCCAUGGAUAUUUUAUUUCAUUUAUCAAAAGAAGAAAUAGCCAGAAAGCCGAAUAAUACAGAUAGAAUGGCUCGGUUGGCAUCUCAUUUAAUUGAGCAAAAAUCUUUUUAUCCGUUAUAUCCAAACGAUAAUGAUUCUACUAUAGAUUAUACAAGCUUGUUGAAGAACUGUGAAAUGAAAGUAAAACCUAACAUUUUAAUUACACCAUCAAUUUUGCGAUAUUGUAUUAAAGAUCUUGGUGGUUGUUUAUUUGUUAAUCCAGAAAGACUAGUUAAAAAUUAUGUUGGUGGUACUUUUGCUGUUAUUAAUGUUAAUUCAAAUGAUAUUUCUUGUCAAAUUAGAAAAAUUUAGUUGUAAAUAAAAAUUAUGUUAAUCAAAAUUGUUUUAAUUUUAAUCAUAGUUUAUUGUAAGGAAAUUAAAAGUUCAUUGAAAGAGGAGAGCUUGCCUGGUAUACUGAUGCUUCAAAGACAGUUGGAUACAGAGUAGGUAUGGGCAUUAGUUGACCAAAUAGCUGCAUUAAAUUGCCACUCAGCUCUUUUUGCUAUAAUCUUCUACACCGUUUUAAACUUAGAAAAGGGACAGAAUGUAGUAAUGGGCACUAUCGAAUAAUUCGAUACAUAAU